AUGGAGCCCGCGAGCGACGCCGCGACGUGGCUCGACGAGGCCAGGGCGCUGGUGCGCGAACACGCGGGGAAGAUGCGACGGGCGGCGAACGAGGGAAACCUGCGAGAGGCGCUGAAGAGCGCGAGCUUGAUGCUCGGAGAGUUGCGCACGGUGGCGCUCGCGCCGCGGGCGUAUUACGAGCUUCACGUCGCGGCGACGGAGGAGUUGAUGCAUCUGCGGAUGUUCUUCGGCGAGCGAGAGCGCCACGGGCGGACGUGCAUGGAGUUGUAUGAGAUCGUGCAGCACGCGGGGAAUGUUUUGCCGAGGCUGUAUCUUUUGAUCACCGUCGGCGUGACGUACGUGGAAUCCGGAGAGGGAGGCGCGAGGGACGUGUUGAUGGAUUUGGUGGAGAUGACGCGAGGGGUGCAGCAGCCCAUGCAUGGACUUUUUCUGCGAGCAUAUCUGAGUCAGGUGAGUAAGGCGUUGCUGCCGGAUAAAGGAUCGAAGUACGAAGGCGAAGGCGGGAACAUCGACGACGCGGUGGAGUUCUUGUUGCAAAACUUUACAGAGAUGAACAAGCUGUGGGUCCGCAUGCAGCACAUCGGACCCUCGAGCGGAAAAAAGCGAAGGGAAGACGAGCGACAAGAGCUCAGAGAUUUAGUGGGGAAGAAUUUGCUAGCGCUGUCACAACUAGAGGGGGUAGAUUUAAAGAUGUAUCGCGAAAUGGUGCUGCCACGCAUCUUGGAGCAAGUCGUCAACUGCAAGGACGAGAUAGCGCAGCCAUAUCUGCUGGAUGUGCUGAUUCAAGUAUUUUCAGACGAGUAUCACUUGGCGACGCUCCCAGAGGUUUUCUCGACGAUGACCAUGUUGCGUCCAAACGUUCGAGUGGGGUUAAUUCUAAAGGCGCUGCUCGGGCGUUUGCUGAGUUACGCCGAAGAGACUCCCGAGGCCAAGACGGAGUUCCAGGCCGCGGACGUGCUCACCAAAUCGUUCGAAUGCUGCAAAUCCAUCAUAAAUGCGCAUGACGACAUUCCGGCGAAGGAGGUCGUGGGGAUGUUCGCGGCGUUGAUGGCGUUUGUGAGACAGUUGAAGAUCACGGAGGGCGGUACGCUGGAUGAUAUUUUGCUCUCUCUGGCGGAGUCUUUAGAGAGUAAGACGCCUAUAGAUGAUCCGGAGGCCGUGAAACAGCUCGCAGCGCUAUUGAGCGAGCCGCUGGAGACGUGCAAUCUCUCGGUUGUGCUCUCAUUGCAGUCGUACCCAAAAGUGAUCUCGCUUUUGGACGCGAAGACAAAGAAGGAAGUCGCGCUCGGUGUCGUGCAAACGCUGGUGAAGAACCGAAGCUCGCUGCAGUCGGUUGAUGAGGUGAAAAUGCUGUAUAAUUUCAUAGAUUGUGUUGUCUCUGCGAACGCGAACGAGUAUCAGGAGAGCGAGAGUUCGGUGCUCGCCGAUGAGCAAAACGUGGUCGCUCGUGUCGUGCACUUGAUUAAAGCUCCUGAGGACAACAGCGAGCUCCAACUUGAGAUGUUGAACAUGACGCACGAUAUCUUACUUAAGGGUGGGCCUCAGCGCAUACGAUAUACGUUCCCGGCGCUCGUGUUCGCAGGGAUUGCGUGUGGGAGAGACAUUGUCCUCGCAGAGCGUGCCGAGAAGUCAGCCGCCGAGAAGUCCAAGAAAGCGGAUGACGAUGCCAUCGAGGAAUCGUGCGACGCGAACAAAGAUAAGACGGAAGAUGUGUCCAUUUCGUUCACCAUGCCGAUGGAAGUCAAGUCGCCGUGGCUGAAAAAAUCACUGCACUUGGUGCACAAAACUAUCACCGCGCUGACGCAAGUUGCUGGGAGACAUGAAAAGGCGUUGAAGCUGUUUCUUGAGGCUGCGCAACUCGCCGCGGUUGCAAACUUGGAGUCCAUUGCGUACGAAUUCUUCGAGCGCGCGUUCGAGCUGUACGAAGAGAACAUCACGGAUACAAAAAAGCAGGUGAACUUGCUCUUCGUCAUCAUUGGCACGCUGCACAAGGUGAAUGUGUUCAGUGAAGAGAGUCGAGCGUCCUUGGUUCACAAGACAACAGGGUACAGCGCUAGGUUAUUGAAGAAGCCUGACCAGUGCGUCGGCGCGUACACGUGCGCGCACCUCUUCUGGACGGAGACGGUGAAAGACAGCGAUUCCGUCGGCGCGUGCCUGAAGAAGUCGGUUAAAAUAGCAAACGCGGUGCGAGACACGUUUGGCGGCAACGAGACCAACCGCAUUGAAGCUCUCGGGCUUUACGUCGGCAUCCUCAACAAAUACCUGUACUUUUACGAUAAAUCUUCCGAGGGUUGCACCGCCGUCACCGUCGAGGCGCUUCAGGCGCUCAUAGAAAUGAUCAACGGUGAGCUCGCGAGCGUCUCCGGCGUCACCGGCGACGCUGUCGUCGCUCUCCGAGACGUCGAACAAUCCUACGCCAACACCCUCGCCCACAUACGCGCACAAAAAUUGAAGCCAGAAGAAGCAGCCGGGUACGCAGCCAUCGUGGUGUAA